UGGUGGUGGCGUUGUCGUUGGCGGGAGGUCACUUGAACCAUGGCCAAGUCCAAGAACCACACCAACCACAAUCAGUCCAGCAAAUGGCACAGAAAUGGAAUCAAGAAGCCCAAAUCGUAUCGAUUUGAACCCCUGAAAGGAGUUGAUCCUAAGUUUCUAAAGAACAUGCGGUUUGCCAAGAAGCACAACAAAAAAGGGAAGAAAAGAAUUGAAGGCAAAAAAUAAACUGGAAAUCGCAGCGCUAACGCCCUGACAAGCCAACAUCUGCAGCCCU